CAGAAAGUUAUUAACGUGGAUGACUAAAGAUAAAUUUGGAAUUUGCAAUUCACCAAUUAUUGUCAAACUUUGGUAUAUUUGAAAGCAUGCAAGUUGAGCCAUUUGAAUUUUGAAGAAAACGGAGCGGCAUUUGUGUUGGAAAUAAGCCUUUGUGUGUUUAAUGAGCAUUUCUUUUUCAUAUGGAUAUGACAUCAACGUGAAUGAGAAUACUUAAACACAUAAGUACAGUGUUUGAAAAUGACGACCUCUAUAGAAAGGAUUUCGGUAUAUACUCUACACGACAUGGGGAUAUGAUAUGCUCCGCGAUUCUCUUCGAUGAAAUAUUUUAAUUUGUCGGCAAACAUUAUUGACGAUAAAGGGAAAUAUAUAUACAUAUAUAUUUCAUGAUUCAUUUAAACAAGAUUGCUCUUCCGAGGUACAUGUAUUGAGAAAAAUCAAUUUCUUUUGUCAUAUCUGAUCACAAACGGAAAGGAUAAAAAGACUGGAGCAUCUAGCAUAUCUAUACAGGGCGGUUUUUUUCUUCUUUUAUCUGGAGGAAAUAAUUAGACUUGGAUGGUUUUGAAAUCUACAUUAUAUUAUGACAGAUAUUGAUUAGUGAAUAAUCAUACCAAAAAUUGAUAGCAACUCGUACUUCUUUUCCGUGUUCAAUCGGACUGUUUAUCAGGCGUCUGGGUUUUCUUUUUAAUUACCAGUCCAUCAUCAGUGAGCGUGGAUUCUAUGGACGUCUGCGAGGAAACGGAUAUUUACAAAUCUCGUGGAUGAACCGCCGCGAGAUGUUAAAUCGAUAGUUUAGUUCAUAAAGUUUCAUUAGGAAAUAAACCAAAUUCCAAUAAUGUUCAAAUCCAAAUAAGCGAAGACCUGAAAACGUUAUCAUACGGUGUGUGUAAAUCUUGUUUCGAUAUUUGAAAAAGAGAAGAAUUGAUAGCGUUUAGUGGACAGCAGGAUAUUUUAGUGAGAGAUUACAAUUUUUGGAAUUUUUAGAGAGUGCAAAGAUGACGCUGGACGAUACUGCUCGUUUAUUAAUGAGUAUUGGCGGACUUCCGGUCAGUGCGCCGCCAAUUAACAAUGCUUGUUUACCGAACGUUUAUAAUAAACUGGACGCCGAGGCUCUGAAAAAGACGAAAGUUCCAAACGGACUAUUGGACUACAGACUAAAAGUACAAAUUCGAAUGUUGGAAAAAUACAGACGUGAUGCUGACAAAGUUCAUAAGAAAGAAAAAGCAAAAAUUCAGAGAGAUCUGAGGACUUUUGACCGGAAAUUACCAAACAUGGACGACAUGCCUUAUUUGAAACUUAAGAUCCCGAUGAAAACAACUGAGGAAAGUGCUUUCAAAACGUUCGUUACGCAACCCAAACCCCUUAAAGGCAUCGUCAGUGAACGGGAGGACAAGCCGUUCUGUGAUAGAUUCUUCCACCAUCAUGUUCCGGGGGUGCAAAAACUCGACAAGCAGACACAUAGCUACACAACUUCUCUACAGUCCAUUAAAUCUGAAAACCAGGAUGAUUCUGUGUUGACCGAUAGCAAAAGCAAGCUGUUACUGUCCAAGCGGCUCAGCAUGAGCGAAACCUGCUUAUCCGCUCGAGGUGAUUUUGAACGGUCCUUCUUAUUAAACAAAGAACCAACCGCUGUUCCAGAUGAUGACGCUAUUACAAUUUAAACAUGUUAAAUACAAUUUAUUUUGCUUUUAAUUGUCUUUCAAAGAUUGUUGGGUUUUUUUUAAAAUUGCUUUUCUAAACCUUUAGAAGUUGUUUUUGAAUUUCUUUAGUAUAAAAAACAUGGAGAGAGUACAUUUGUACAUAAAAUAAUUUUAAAUGUUCACGUGAUAGCAUUUUUAAUUGUAUUUGUUCUAUGUUAAGAUCUAGUAAUUCAACGUGAAAUUUAGUUUGAUUUUUUUUUUGUCAGCAUAAAAAAUUUCCUGCAGUAAUUGCCAUACUGUCCUUGUUAAAUACCGAACCACCACGGGCUAUGCAUGCACACACAUGGAAAAGCCCUUUAAAACAAUGAAAUAACUUUGAUGCAAGUCAUUUUCACAAUUGUUAGAAUUUCAUACAAUGUCGAUUAGAAACAUCAGAGAGGACUGCUAAUGUAACACGAGACUUUAUUCUAAGCUGGUGCCAUUUCACGCAAUGUUCAGAACGUUCCAUUUCCUGAUGGUAAGAUUUUAACAAGAUGUGCUGUAUUUUUUCAUGAAAUUACUUCUCUGAAGUAUUGAUUUUAACUAAGAUCUUUUCUAAAAAGGAUCCCAUAAAGAUUUUUUUCAUAUAAAGAUAUACAUGUACCAACGAUUUUUCAUCAAAGCGCUUUCGUCAGCAUUGUCAAGUUUCACAAACUUCAUUCAUUACUCAUAAAUUGAUGCCAGCAUACUUGGGUGCAUUUUAUUUGAACAAAUGUUCGCUGCAAAUGUAUAUGAUCUUUCCUCUUUCUCAAUUUUAUCGAUGUACGUAUGUUGGGACUAAUGGAAAGUGUUGAUCAAUAAAUUGAUUAAUAAAUGUGUCAUAACAUGU